AUGGAUGAUUCGUACUCUACGAAUAAUGAAGCAGCCUUGGCUGUAGUUGCUACGUCUAUGAAAAAAGCUCGUCUACCCAUAGAAGUACUAAUUGUCAAUUCAUUCAUGGGAGGACUAUUAUUCAGUACAGGUGGAAUGAUAUUUGACGUACUAGAAUCGUAUAAUCCGGGUUUGAAAGAGAGCAACCCAGGAAUUAUAGUGUUGCUUCAAGGGUUUGCUUAUCCAAUCGGUUUAUUUUAUGUUGUUAUCACUGGUACGGAUUUGUUCAACUCGAAUAUUUUGUUUUUCAGUGUGGGUCUCGUACGAGGAGCUGUAUCUAUACUAGACCUUAUAAUCAGUUGGCUUGUUAGUUAUUGGAUAAAUUUGGUAGCGAAUAUAUUUGUCUGUUAUGUCAUCUGCCAUUUUUCCCAUAUCAGUCAGAAAGAAGAUUUUGUGAAAGGAUCAAUUGAAGCUUUAAUGCAGAAGGCAUCGUUUUCUUUCGUUGAUAACUUAAUUAAGGGUAUGGCCGGUAACUUUUUUGUCUGUCUUGGUAUAUAUUUACAAAUAAUGGUAAGGCCUGUGCAUGUGAAGUUUCUCAUGUUACUUUUGCCGAUAUUUUCACUUGUAAGUAUUGGCUUCACCCAUUCUGUUGCAGAUAUGUACAUUGUACUAAUGGGAUUAAUAAACCAUGCACCGAUAUCUGUUGGGAAGGUUGCGUGGAAAAUUAUGUUGCCAGGGGCACUUGGUAACAUAAUCGGUGGUUCGUUCUUUGGAAUCGUAAUCCCAUGGUACUUACAUUUGUACAGUGUGGAAAGAGAUCAAAGAAAAUUGAAUUUACCCGAAUACGAUGCAAGAGAUGAACAACCACAAAUCAACUCUGAUUCUAGAGUUGUUAAAAAUAGAUCACGAACUAUUACUGAGGAAUUCGAAGAAGUGCCAGAGUCACUUAUGAAAACUGAAAAGCGCGAGAGUUCAAGCUUAAGUUCCGAAAAUAAUGUUUCUGUUGCUCCACCAGAGCAGUUAGUAGAUAAUUUUAGUGGAUAUCCAGAGAAUUUGAUUAAAAUUUCUUCUAGAGCGUCAGGAGCUUCUAGAUUUAGUGUUGGUAAUGCUCGUUAUGCUGCUAAAUCUCCGAAGAAUGUUUUCCCUGUAUACGGAAUGGCACCUCCGAGUGAAAGAGAAAGAUCUAUUGCAUCUGGUAUGAAUGUUAAUACCAUCGACGAAGAUCUUGAUUCAAUUCAUACAGCUAGAACUGAAUUUCAAAAUGACGACGAUUCCACGACUGCAACAUAUAUUGGAGAUCACGUUAAGAAGUUUUUGUCAAAUUUGACAGUAAAUAAACAACAUAAAGACAUCGAAUCGCAAAACCAAGACAGACCCCCUGUGAUUAGAAGCCAUUCAACACAAAGCUAUCAUGCCAUGAAUAGAAGCCAUUCAAGACCACAUGCCAUUGGGAUAAAUCAGUUUCUUCAACGAUCACAUGAAUUUGCGAAUAGACCAACUAGCAGAGCAGCCGCUACUGUUGAUGCCGUCCCACUAUCGACAAACCUAACAACUGCGACAAGAAACACCGAACCAAAUAACGUGGAUAAUAUUGGUAGUAUACCCUUCACACAACCAGAGAAUAUAUCGCCAGGGCAAUCUAUCAAUUCGGAAUUUCAGACAAAUAACUCCACUCCUCCUGUACAAAGUUCAGAUCAAUCAUCGUUUAAUAUUGUAAACUACCAACCUAAAUCACACGAAAAUUAG